AUGGGUGUGAACUUAGAAGGUUGGUAUUUCAACCAAAUCAAGGGGACCUGUGAAGAUAUCAAUGAAGCUGACAUUAUAUCUUGUGUUGAAUAUGAUAAAACCGGCGACUUUUUAGCAACCGGUGACCAUGGCGGUCGAAUUGUGAUUUUCAAACGAGAAAAUGAAGAUAAACUUCAAAAAUGCAUUAGUCACAAUGUGUAUUGUACAUUUGUCAGUCAUGAACCGGAAUUCGACUAUCUUAAAUCACUGGAAAUCGAAGAAAAAAUCAAUAAAAUACGAUGGUUACCACGUACUAAUCAUGCACAAUUUCUGCUUUCUACAAAUGACAAAACGAUUAAACUUUGGCGCAUUACUGAACGGUGUCGACGUGUUGCCAAUAGUAGUUGUAUAUCCUCUGAUUACUUCGUACACAAUAAUACUACUAGUAAUACUAAUACUACCGAUAAUGAUGAUGAUAAUCUUGUAUUGAAUGAUAAGAAUAACUCAUCUAUUUCACUGAAUAAAAUUUAUCAGAAAACUGAUCUACGUGUACCAUAUUAUGAAGAUAUUGACCCUGUCAUGGAUACACAUCCUAAACGAAUAUUUGCUAAUGCACAUACUUAUCUUAUCAAUUCAUUAUCAGUCAAUUCCGAUCAAGAGACAUUUCUCUCAGCAGAUGAUUUAAGAAUUAAUUUAUGGAAUUUAGAAAUUACCAACCAAUCAUUCAAUAUUGUUGAUUUAAAACCUGUGAAUAUGGAAGAUUUGUCUGAAGUGAUAACAGCUGCGCAAUUUCAUCCAUCAGCGUGUUCAUUAUUUAUUUACAGCAGCAGUAAAGGUACCAUACGUUUAUGUGAUAUGCGUCAACGUGCACUGUGCGAUGAACAUGCAUUAUCAUUUGAAGAAGUUGACGAUCCAAUGAGCCGGUGUUUUUUCUCUGAAAUUAUUAACAAUAUAUCCGAUUUAAAUUUUAGUCAUUCUGGUCGUUAUAUUUUAAGUCGAGAUUACUUAACAUUGAAAGUUUGGGAUUUAAAUAUGCCUCGUCGACCAGUUGAAACUUAUCUCGUUCACGAUUAUUUCCGUACAAAACUAUGUGCACUCUAUGAAAAUGAUUGUAUAUUUGAUAAAUUCGAAUGUCAGUGGUCACCAAACGAUGAUAUGGUUGUCACCGGUUCAUAUAAUAAUUAUUUUCGUGUUUUUGAACGUGGUACCUCGAACGAUCUACUAAUGGAAGCAUCUCGUGAAGCUAUGGAAAAUAGUGUAUGCGGUAAACUAAAACCAUGUCAAGUGAUAUCUGAUGGAACUAUCGGAGGUAGCAGUGCCAGUAGUAGUGGUGCUUUCGCCCGAUCAUGGUCUGAGGGUAAAGUCAAUGUAGAAUGUAUGGAUUUAACACGUAAACUGCUUCAUUUGUCAUGGCACUCAAGUGAAUAUACUCUAGCAUUGGCUGGUACUAGUAGUCUUUACUUACUUGACUACUACCCUAAUAGUCGUCAGUCAAGUCAUAAUUCAAUAGAAUCACAACGAACUGAUCACCUAAUGAACGGUGAUGUUAAUGACAGUGGUAAUCAUGAUGUUAACAGUCAUAAUAAUAUUACUUCUACACUGUCUAAUUAAACCAAUUGUAAUAUAAUUACACUAAAAAAUGUAACUCUUUCGUUACCCGUCCCGUUUUUUAAAUCCCUCUGUUUCUUUUGAAUGCAAAUACACACAUACUUGUGCACAAAUAUCGUUCCGCACCUCUCUC